CUGGAGACCGGAGUCGGAGAAGGAGGAGGCGGCGGUGGCGGGGACACAACAGAACUCCGACUUUAAUUCUGUCCAAAAAAACUAACGUUAGAAUCUUUAUGAUGCUAAAAUAAUCCGCUCGCUACUAUUGCGAGGAACUUUUGAGUUAUUUCAGGAAGUUUUAGAAGAAGCCGAGUGAAGUUCAGGCGAGCAGAAACUCCUCCAAACCCUGCAGCAGCACCAUGGCGCUCAGAGCAAGAGCUUUAUACGACUUCGUGUCUGAGAAUCCUGGAGAGAUCUCAGUGGUGGAGAACGAGAUGUUAACUUUAUACAGCGAGGACGUAGUGGACGGAUGGCUGGAAGGAACAAACAGCCGUGGUGAGUCGGGACUUUUCCCUGCUUCGUAUGUGGAGAUCCUAAGCAGUGAAGAAGGAUUUUCAUUACAAGGUAACGGGACUGCUGGAAACGUCUAUAGCCCCAGGACCGGAAGUGAUCAUGUGUGCCAAGUGAGAGGGGACACGUCAAGCGAGUCCACCCCUCAGAGUCACGGUUAUCCGACCAGCCAAGGCAGCGAUGACGACUGGGACGACGACUGGGACGACAACCCGACAACGACUACAGCAACGACGAGUCACGACCCGAGAGUCCAUCAGCACAAACACCAGCCCAGUCGUGCGAACUCGGUGUCUUCACGCGGCAGCGCCGGCCAUCAGGCCCGAAGCUCGGCUACGGUCGGAAAAAACCUCAACAGGUUCUCCACCUUCGUGAAAUCAGGUGGCGAGGCAUUUGUUUUAGGUGAGGCAUCCGGAUUGGUCAGAGACUGCGAUCAAAUCUGCGUGGUCAUGAGUCAAUUCGGUCCAGAGUGGCAAGAGAACCCACAUCCUUUCACGUGCACCAUCGAUGAUCCGACCAAACAGACCAAGUUCAAGGGGAUGAAGAGUUACAUGUCGUACGGCCUCCUGCCCAGUCACACGCAAAACCCCGUCAACCGCCGCUAUAAACAUUUCGACUGGCUGUACGCUCGUCUUGUGGAGCGUUUUCCUGUCAUCUCGGUUCCCCACCUUCCCGAGAAGCAGGCUACGGGUCGCUUCGAGGAGGACUUCAUAUGCAAGCGCAGGAAGGGUCUGAUCUGGUGGAUGAACCACAUGACGAGCCACCCGGUGUUAUCCAGGUGCGAUGUCUUCCAGCACUUUCUGACCUGCAGCAGCAGCGACGAGAAAACCUGGAAGCAGGGAAAGCGCAAGGCCGAGAAAGAUCACCUGGUGGGUGCCAACUUCUUCCUCACCAUCGUCCCGCCGACUGCCCCGCUCGACCUCCAAGAGGUGGAGAGCAAAGUGGAUGGCUUCAAAACGUUCACCAAAAAGAUGGACGAGAACAUCGUGCAAGUCAAUGUGACCAUCGGGGAGUUCUCAAGGAAGCAGAUGACCGGAUUUAAAAAGGAGUAUCAGAAAGUCGGACAGGCCUUUCGCUUGCUCGGACAGGCCUUCGAAUUGGACCAGCAGGCGUAUUCGGUCGAUCUGAACCAAGCAAUGGCGUUCACCGGGGCCACCUACGAGACCAUCGGGGACUACUUUGCUGAACAACCUCGGCAGGAUCUGGAACCAGUGUCGGAUCUUUUAGCGAUUUACCAGGGACAUCUAGCAAACUUCCCAGACAUCAUCCACGUUCAGAAAGGAGCUCUAACCAAAGCGAAGGAAAGCCAGAAGGACAAAGACAUGCAGGCGACACACGACAUCCACGAGCGCUGCAACAUCAUUUCCUGUGCCACGCUGGCCGAGAUCCAGCACUUCCACCGCACUCGAGUACGCGACUUCAAGGCCCAGAUGCAGCAUUACCUCCUGCAGCAGAUCUCCUUCUUCCAGAGGAUCACAGCCAAGCUGGAGGAAGCGCUGCACAUGUACGACCAGGCGUAAACCAGAAACGCAGACAGGAACGCUUCGUCUGAGCAACCCUGAAAAAAUAUGCACAAUCAGGACAUUUACACGUUCGCACGCUGUAGACGUUCUCAUCACGUCUCUUAAACAGACAAGAUCAGGAACGCGUGUGCAGGACAUAAUAUUUACACACACAUCAAAACAGAGGCCCAGAAAUAUGCAAAAUGUCUCGCUCUCAUUUUUCUCUUUAUAGCAAAAACAAUUAAGAUGAGAAAACCUAAUCUUUUUUUAAAACUGGAAAUUAAUUCAAAAUUAUGAACAAUAUCAUACUUGUGAAUUUCCUGAAUAUCCACUAUAUAAAACUUAUAAAAAUAUCUUUGUUGGUAAAUUUUAAUUAACCAUCAUUCCUGAAGUUAUAGGGCAAUAAAAACAAUUAUAUUAAAUAAUAUUAAUCAAUUAAUAAAUAAUAUUAAUAACAAAAAUAAUACUAAUUUUUUUAAUGAUAUGGGGGAUAACAAAUGUAUUUAUUUAGUGUUUAAGAAAUCUAAAUUUAGAAUUUAGAUCAAAAUAUCACAAAAAUCGAUAAAUGUUAAUGAUGAAUACUUUUUAUAAUUAGUAAUCUUUACUUUUUGCUGUAGUUUUUAGGUGCUUAUAAUUUUUUUAUUUUUAUAAUUAAUUUUUGUUUAAAAAUUGCUAAAUAAAAAAAGACUUGUUUUUAGAGUUUGUAAUUAUAAAUAAUACCUUUAGUUUUUUCUUUAUUUGAAAUGAAAUGAAAUUGGUUACUUUUCAGGAUUUAAAGUUACCUACAGAAGUAUUUAUUUAGUGGAUAUUCAGUGAUUUGUUUUAUACAUGUGCACAUUUGUACAGUCUUUAAAGCCUUUUUUUAAUCCAGUAACAUUUAUGAUCUAACCAUGUUUGGUUUCCAUUCAACGUUUCUCAUUUGAUAUAUGAAACCAUUUUUUUUUACGCAGUCAGAGAAACGCAUGACUCGUCAGCAUGAACCCCGUAACCCAUUUCCUGUAUCUCUUUCUUCCCAGCACCACGUCCCCUCACCCCGCUUUCAGCUUUUGGACCAUAACGGUGGUUUUGUUUUUAACAGCUGGAAUUUGUGCCUUAGUUCAAUGAAGUUUUAUUUCUUGAGUCAUUUUUAAAUACAGAUCUGUAUUUAUGAAUCUCA